AUGCAUCUGGCAAACGGUGAACAGACUCUGCGCUAUGGUGGGGCAGCGCAAGAGAAGACCGAGGUCAAGGUCAACGCUAACGGUACAAUGGACGUCAAUGAGAACGGUGUCUACGCAAGUGGGCAUUCUCAGACGAAUGGCCAAUCCACCGAAUCCAACAAGAUGGAAAUCACAGCUCUCAAAGGGCAAUCACUAGAUGCAGUGCUGGACGCUAUCCUUACAGCGUGGACCAUCCUGAUACAAAGAUACCAAAGAGACAUCUUCCAUCAGUUCUCGUGGGGUGUUAAAGGCGCUGGCUCCGACGGGCGCCAGUGCGUUCAGACUACGGAUUUAGAUGUGCUCAAUCACAGCAACGCUGCAAGCAUGGCCUCAAAGAUCCACGAUGUGAGACUGAAACACGUCUCAUUGGACGGAGCCACUAUCUUCUUGAACGACGGCACAAAAGAAGAGUGGACUUUCGAAGUUUCUGUUGAUUUUGGAAAGAGCCCAUUACAAGCAACUGCACGAUGGCAACCUCCCGGCAUGUCACAACACCAAGCUGUGGCUGAACUGCAGUUUUUCUCUUCUAUUAUUGAUACCCUUUCGAGUGCGCCUGAUACCCCAAUUUCUGACUUCCUUGCCAUCUCAGAGUCCGAGCUCGACGAGAUCUGGAAUUGGAACUCCCCAUUACCUCCGGACAUGCAGACAUGCAUGCACGAGCUGGUUGCAGAGCAAGCUGGGAAACAGCCCGAGAAGAACGCUAUCGAAGCUUGGGAUGGCAACUUGACUUACAAACAAAUUGACGACUACUCCACCCAUCUGGCGCAGAUCCUGCGGUCUAUCGAUGACUCGCCAAAUCAGAUCAUUCCGGUCCUGUUUGAGAAGUGUCGCUGGACGAUCGUUGCUGUGCUUGCAAUCAUGAAGGCAGGCGCCUGCUUCUCGCUGCUUGACCCAGCUCAGCCGGAAGGUCGUCUACGAACGGUUGUGCAGCAAGUCAGUGCCACGACAUUCAUCGCGUCGAAAUCGCAGGCUUCGCUUGCCGCGCGAAUAGCCCCUCAAGCUACCAUCAUCCCGGUUUCUGCAUCCAAGUUUGAGAAGGUGUACAGUCCAUAUGCCGAGCAGCAACCAAAGACAACAUUGCCGAAGGUUUCUCCAUCAGCCGCCCUCUACAUCCAGUUCACCAGCGGGAGCACGGGUCUCCCGAAGGGAUGCUUGAUAUCGCACAGUCAGUACACGUCUGGUGCGAUUCCGCGUGCUUUUGCUGUGGGCUACCGACCGCACUCUCGAGUACUCGACUUUGCCAGUUACGCUUUCGAUGUGUGUAUCGACUCCAUGCUUUGCACGACUGCUCACGGUGGAACUCUGUGCACUCCCUCUGACGAGCGCCGAAUGAACGAUCUCAGUGGCGCCAUGCGAGACAUGCGAGUCACACUGGCUGGUAUGACUCCCUCAGUAGCACGCACUCUAGAUGUGGACAUUCUCGACCAGCUCGAUUCGAUUGCGCUGGGUGGGGAAGGCACUUCAAUGAGUGACGCCGCUUCGUGGGGCAAGAAAACGAGAAUCGUCAACGCCUACGGCCCCUCAGAGUGCACGGUCGGUGCCACCAUCAACGGCGAUGUUGGAGCCAAGCCAUACAUCACCAUGGGUACUGGAACAGGCGCUGCCAUUUGGCUCGCUGAUCCUGAGGAUCACAACAAGCUUGUUCCAGUCGGUGCGGCUGGUGAGCUUCUCAUCGAGGGUCCCAUCGUCGGCAUGGGUUAUCUGAACAACCCGGCCAAGACCAAAGAAGUCUUCAUUGAGGACCCAGACUUCCUGACAAAGGGCAGCAAGUCUUUCCCUGGCAGGCAAGGCAAGCUGUACAAGACUGGUGACCUUGUCCGCUACGACCCAGAUGGCUAUGGCGAAGUCAUUUUUGUUGGCCGUCAAGACCAGCAGGUCAAGCUUCGCGGACAGCGUAUCGAGCUUGCAGAGAUCGAGUACAAUAUGCAGAAGCAUCUACCUGCUGAUACUCAAUUGGCCGUCGAAGUGAUCAAGCCUGGAGGUGCAGGAGAGCAGACACUUGUUGCGUUCUUGGUCGAGCAAAGGAGGAGCGGCAUGCGUCACCUUGACGGACAAGUCUUCGGUAGCUUUUCCAACAAGUUCCAGACCGCGCUCCAGGAGAUGACAAAGCACCUCUUUAACGAUCUACCCAGCUACAUGGUGCCCAGCGCCUAUAUUCCUCUCUGGAAGAUGCCGCUUCUUGUCUCAUGCAAAACUGACAGGAAGAGGCUGCGUGAUAUUGGCAACGGCGUCACCCGUCAAGAUCUCCGACGCUUCAAUGCUCUACUUUCUGAGAAGAAGGAGGUAACGACCGAGAUGGAGCUCAAGUUGAUUCCUGUGUGGGCCAAGAUCCUUGGUGGGGACGCUGACUUCAGCGCCAACGACAACUUCUUCAGCAUGGGCGGCGACUCGCUCAGAGCUAUGAGACUCGUACCUGCCGCUCGCGAGCAGGGCGUCAUUCUGACCGUUCCCGAUAUCAUGCUGAACCCUACUCUGUCUGCUAUGGCUACCAAAGCUAGGCCUAUCUCCGAGGAAGAUACGAUUGAAGUUCUUCCAUUCUCGAUGAUCGGCCAGGAUUGGGACGAGGACAAGUCCAGAGCCGAGAGCGCUGAGCUUUGCGGUGUCGACGCGUCGAACAUUGAAGACGUCUACCCCUGCACGCCUCUGCAGGAAGGCCUGAUGGCGCUGUCAGCCAAGUUCCAGGACGCUUACGUCGCUCAACGUGUUGCCGAUCUUCCUGUCGAGACUGCUAACCGCCUCAAGGAGGCUUUCGACAAAUCUGUCGAAAACUGCCCAAUCUUGCGCACCCGUAUCGUCAACGUGCCUGGCCGCGGUCUAUUCCAGGUUGUGCUCACGGAUGGCCAACUUGUUCGUGAACAUGGCUCUGUUCUGACAGAGUACCUAAAGACUGACCAGGCUGAGGCCAUGGACCUUGGAAAGGCUCUCUUCCGUUACGGUGUUGUCCGCCCUGAAGGCAGUGAUAAAGCACACUUCAUCAUCACCAUGCACCACGCAGUGUAUGAUGGCUGGUCCAUGCCUCUUGUCUUUGACCGCAUCAACCGAGCGUUCGUUGGCCUCGAUACUUCGCGGCCUGCCACGUUCAAGAACUUCAUCAAGUACCUCACCAGCCAAGACCCAGCAGUGUCCAAGGCCUACUGGAAGGAGCGUCUCAACGGCGCAAGCCCACACCAAUUCCCACCCCUACCUGAGAAGGGUUACACCACACGCGCCGACUCUCUGCUCGAGCAUUACGUCACCAUCCCCACAGCAGCCCACAGCAAGCUCACUCUCGCAACCAUCAUCCGUGGUGCCUGGGCGCUGACAUCCUCGCUCUAUAUGGGUCACUCAGACAUCAUAUUCGGCGAGACGCUCACCGGCCGCUCCGCACCCGUCAACGCCAUCGAGGAGAUCGAAGGCCCCAUGAUCACCACCAUCCCAGUGCGUGUGCGCAUGAACCUCGACCGCCCAAUUUCCGAGUUCCUGCAGCAAGUGCACGCCCAGACCGUCCAACAAAUCCCGCACGAGCAUCUGGGACUGCAGAACAUCCGCCGCGUGAGCAAAGAAGCACGCCACGCGUGUGAGUUGCGCACCGGACUCGUUCUGCACCCCAAGGAGGACGAGAACUGGAACCAAGGAAGGACGCUUGAAAACGCGCCGGGCGAUGCAUUCUUGCCUGCCGAUGACGCCGAGGCAGCGCGCGAGGCACUGAAGUUCAACACCUACGCACUCAUGCUUGUUUGCACGCUGGACGAGAACGGGUUCUUGGUCAUGGCUAGUUUUGACUCGAAGUGCAUUGCCUCGCCUACUAUGGAGAGGGCGCUUGUUGUUCUUGAUCGCAUCGUCUCUGCUUUCCUUGGUAACCCUGAGAGUAAGCUUGGUGAUGUGGCAGUCUUGGACCCGGAGGAGAUGCAGGAUGCGCUCAAGCUGAGGCCGAAGGAUAUCAUGGUGGACAGCGGCAUCGAUAUGCUGCCGGCUCAAGCCUCGAAAAAUGACCAGGCAAAGGCACUAUCGCCCAACGAAGAGAAACUCCGCGGUCUGUUGAGCCGCAUCUUGGGUAUGCCCGAGGCAGAAAUCAACCCUAGUGAUAGCUUCUUCGAACUAGGGGGCGACUCCAUCGGGGCCAUGAGGCUUGUGUCUGAGGCCAGAUUGCAGGGCUUGAACAUCUCAGUUGCGCAGAUCUUCCAGAGUAAGUCACUCUCAGAACUCGCCUCAAGCAUCGGCAAUGAGAAGGAAGACAAGUUGCGGGAUGUGCUAGCCCGCAUUCUGGGUAUGCCCAAGAGCGAUAUCAGCUCCAGCGACAGUUUCUUCGAGCUUGGUGGAGACUCGAUCGGUGCCAUGCGUCUUGUGUCAGAUGCACGCACCCAGGGACUUAGCAUCAGCGUGGCGCAGGUCUUCCAGAGCAAGUCGCUGUCCGAACUGGCUUCACUCGCACAGGAGACUUCAUCAGGCGAACCGGAGGCCAAUAUCGAUGCUCCGUUCGCUGCUCUCGGGGCCGAGGCGAGCAUGUUCAGUGCUGAUCGCAUGGUGUCCUACCUGGAAAACCCGGAGUGGGAUAUCGUGGAUAUAUAUCCUACUCGACCUCUGCAACAACUUGCGGUCGAGGGCACUGUGGAUCUGCCACGCUACUCUCUGCGUUACGAGCUGAUCAAGUUCACCACUGCCGUCGACCAGAAGAAGCUUGAGCAAGCUUGCCAGGAGCUCGUCGCUCGCAACGAAGUUCUGCGCACCGUCUUCAUUGUUGACGGCGGCAAGACAUUGGGUCUUGUGAUCCGCGACCUGAAGGCGCCUUACAGCGAGGUCACUGUUCCCGAGGGCGAAGACAUCAACAACUUCGCACACACCUACGUGCGUGAAGACAUCCAGGCACCGAAGCCACACGGCUCGUCCUUCGUCAGCUUUACCCUCUUCACUUCGCCCUCAACAGGUGCUUCUACACUGGCGUUCCGCAUCUCGCACGCCCAGUACGACGAGAUCUGCCUCCCUCUCCUCUUCGACCAGCUCUCCGCUCUCUACGCCAGCACUGAACUCAUCGAAACCCUGCCCUUCACGAAGCACGUAAACCACGUCGUCCUCAACAAUAUCCCCAAGAGCAUCCCGUACUGGCAAUCCCUUCUCGCCGGCUCCCAAAUGUCCAUCCUAAAGCCCGACAUUCCGCUCCAACUUAAGAGAAUGGCAGACAUCUACCUCGAAUUCGACAUCUCCGCGCGCCCCAAGGACAUCACAAUCGGCUCGCUCCCCACCGCAGCCUGGUCCCUCGUCCUCGCUAACCGCCUCAACAAGCGCGACGUCGUCUUUGGCGAAGUGGUGACAGGUCGCAAUCUGGGUGCGCCCAGUGCGGACCGCAUCUUCGGACCCACGUGGCAGUACAUUCCGUUCCGCGUGCCGUUCAAAGCGGGCUGGACGCAUCUCGACCUGCUCCGCUUCGUGCAGGCGCAGCACAUCGAGUCUGCUGGCUACGAGAGCAUGGGCUUAGCUGAGAUUGUCGAAAACUGCACCGAUUGGGAUAAGAACGAGGUUACGUGGUUUGACACGGUGGUGCAUCAGGCGCCGGCGUGGGUCGAGGAGUUGCCGUUUGGGAACGGUGUGGAAGCCAAGUUUGAGACGGUGUAUCCGCAUGCCGAGCCGUUGAGGGAGUGGAAGUGUCAGGCUUUCGUCAAGGAGGGCGGGAAGAAGCUGGGUAUUGAGAUUGUUACGUUCGAGGAGUGGAUUCCGGUUGCUCAUGACGUGUUGAAGGAGGUUGGCCAGGCGUUGGAGGAUCUGCAGAAGAAGGCUGGUGAGCCUAUCUUUAAGGGAGCUGGUGAGGUGAAGCAGCAGUCUUUGGAGGAUUUCGAGGGUGUGAUGUGA